AUGGAGUACAGGGUUAGCGACGGACUAAUUCUAGUCAUCCAGUUUUUCCUGCCCAGUCAUUGCGCUGAACUGAGCUCCCAUAUUUCGGAAAAUAACAUCCAUGGGUCUAUCACAUUUUUCAACUUGGAACAAGGAGGAAGGGUCCAUAUCUUGGCCAAAGUGGACACUCAAACCAAUUGGUCCUGGGCCAUUCAUCACCUCCCAGUUGACUAUUCUGAAUUAGAAAAUCGAUGCAGAAACGAAAAGCUAGGCCCUGUAUUGCAUGACUUGACAGCACCAUUGGGACAGCUGACCAAUCAGACUGUGUCGUUCGAAACUGAUGCUGUUGAACUCACUGGUCCUAAUGGCAUCUGGUCUAGAUCACUUCUUUUGACCUCAUUCAAAUGGCCAGUGGAAACAGCAGUGUCAAAGUGGCUGAAGCUGAAUUCCUUGGAGAGAAUGAUAUCAAUGGCAUUGUCUUAUUUCAAUGACAAAGCAAGAAGUGAUUGCAACUCUCUUCAAGCUAUUCUGCUUGAAUUAUCUGAGAGAUUAGGAGAAGCAGUUGUUGGCGAGACACAGUUGCUCCGUGAUCCACAGUUUCCACAUACAGAUAUUGGAAGUGCUCAAAGGAAUCUCUAUUUGGUACUGCUCGACAAUGAUCAUCCAGAUACUUUCCUCACGUGUGCAAGACUACGAUCAAAAUCUCCUGCUCUUUUGAAAGCAGUGGUUAGUUCUCAUGGUGUGAUCGGUAGCCUUACUUUUAGUCAAAAGUCUAUAUUGACUCCUACACGAGUUGUGUUAAACAUCAGCCGAGUGACCGAUCCAGUACUGGGAGGAUUCAGAAUUCACAGUCUACCAAAGUUAACAUAUACUAUGCCUGGUCUGUGUCCUGGAAUUGGAGAUGUUUUCAAUCCAACAGCUAAACCUAUCGGUGCAGAUGCAUCUGUUCCUGGAAAUGAAAGUCAAGAUAAAUACGCUGUUGGAGAUGUAAGUGGCAAACUUGGUUAUGCUGCUGAGAGAGAAUGGGACUCCUUCCUGCCAAUUUUUGGCAAGUACAGCAUUGCACAUAGAACCCUUGUUAUUUACAGAAAUGGAGAAAGCGGAGUUGAAGAACCUUGGAUAUGUUCUACAUUAAUUCGUUACAUAUGGGCAAAACCUGAUCAAAAGUUGCCUGUUUUAACUGCUGAAGUCAGUUAUAGAUACCCACUUGUUGGCAAAAUAAUCAUGCACCAACCUGUGGAAGGAGGAGAAACAACUGUCCUGGUAGAGGGUCUGGUUUACUCUGAUGGCUCUUCACAGAACACCACCCAUGAGCAUAGAUGGGGAAUCCAUAUUAAUCCACCUGGCAAGGACUAUUUUAACUGGACUGCUCGCUGUGUUUCAGCUGGUCCUGUAUUUAACCCUUUUAUGGUGAAUAUUAGUCGCAGUCCAGAGUAUGCUGUAGGCGAUCUGACCAGCCGGUUAGGCACAAUUAUUGUGUCAGGUGCCAAAAAAUUGCUGCAGGAGAGUAGAUUGCUUUUUACAGACAGGAGACUUCCGCUAUCUGGCGGGAACUCUAUAAUGGGUAAAUCAUUGGUCAUAUUUGAUGACCAUGGCCCAAAAGCAAGGGGUGAAAGACUAGCAUGUUCAAAAAUAGUAGGUGUUUAUCGAAGAAAGGCUGUAGUCAGAGAUUGGUAUGGUAAUGGAUUUCCUACCAAAGUCAGUGGGAAAAUUGAAUUUUUCCAAGAAACUCCUUACAGUAUAACUGACAUAGAAAUAAAUUUGGAAGGCUUAGAAGAUGUCAAUGAAUAUCAAAUACAUGAGACACCAGUGAUGGAAAUACUCGAGUUUCCCUGUGAGGAGACUACUUUAUAUGAUGUUUAUGACCCAUACAAUGUUAUAAAAUACAGUGGCCAUAAUGGGACCCCUGAUCAGCUAAGGGUAGGAGAUUUGAGUGGUAAAUUUGGUGACAUUGAAGACCAAAUAUCAGUUCAGAAAAUUGGUUACAAUGAUACCAAUCUCAACAUUUUCGGCCCCCAUUCCAUUCUUGGGCGAUCUGUGGUUCUUCAUUCUAAAGCAGGGCGUCGUCUCGCUUGCUCUACCAUUGAGCGCGGCUACGCUCCUUCAGAAGCCAGGGAACUAAGAGCAAUUGCAUCUUUUCACCAUCCUUUGGGCUUUGCAAGUGGCUACAUUCGAAUGACUCAGCUGAUACACAAUGAUGGGAGUGGCAGCGAUACUGUGAUAGAAGUUAAUUUGAGGCAUCCUGGCGAACAUGAUAGGAAUGUUACUUAUCGACAUAAUUGGGCUAUCUAUGUGAAUCCAGUUGGUGUUGAUGCAACUGUGCAAGUUCUCGAUACUCGUUGUACUGCUGCUGGAUAUAUUUGGAACCCACAUUAUACUCAGUUAGCUAAUCCUUUGGAUAAUGAACUUUACAAGAAGGAAUGUGGACCUGACUCACCAUUGAGAUGUUAUGUUGGUGACCUGUCUGGAAGAUUAGGACCAAUCAAUUUAGGAUAUAAAAGACAGGUUUUCUCAGACCCUAAUAUACCAUUAGGUGAGCAUGCGAUUGAUGAUUUAAAUAUCAUGAGCUUCAAUAAACGGCACUUACUUUUAAGUAACUCCUCUCAUUAG